CAGACAAGUAGAACUUUCAAGUAUGAAGCAAACACUCUGCCCAUCUGACUGACUCCUCUCUUCUUGGUCUUUUACUCAAGUGUCCAAAACUGACUCUUAACAGUUGCAAGCUUUGCAUCUCCCCUCUCAGAUUAUGAACGGUUUAUUUUGCUUCAAAUUGCUAAAAUGAAACUCCAACUUCUUAUCACAUUCUUGACUAUAUUCUGUUACUCACAAUGCCAAGAACCCGCAUAUCCUGUCUUUGACAUACUUCAAGAACUUCGAUUAUCAACAGCCACCAAUGAGAAUAUAGUUAUUGGUUCAAAUCCCGAUCUCACUGCAUUCCGUGUGAACCCUGCAAUUCAGUUAAAGAAGGGGAGCUCUUUCCCUUCAGAUGGAUUGCCGUCAGAUUAUUCCAUUCUUACAACCUUUAAGAUACUGGCAGAUGCACCUACAGCUGUUAUGAAUUUAUGGCAAAUUAUAGAUUCCAAUGAAAAACAAAAAGUCGGGCUUCAGUUCCAUAAUGAUACCAAGUCUUUGAUUUUUUUCUACACAACACCAGAAAAAACUCUAUUCUUCAAGUCAUUCAUCAAUGUAAACAAUCUUCUUGAUGGCAACUGGCAUAAAUUGUCAUUGAGCGUGAAAGGCAAUGAAGCCAAAGUAAUUUUAGACUGCCAAGAUGUCAGCACAGUGGCCAUGAUAGAACCCAAAAACAAUAAAAGCAACAAGUGGAAGUCACUGAUUAAAAGAGACACAGAUGCCUCAUUGAUUGACCUCCAAAAGCUUGAAAUACACUGUGAUCCAGAAAAAGCUACAUCUGAAGAAUGUUGUGAGUUGUCUAAUCAGUGUGGAGGCGCAGCAGAGAUGGGUAUUGGUGGAAGUCCUCCGAGAUGUAAAUGCUCCCAUGGAUUUAUAGGUCGCCUAGGGGCAACAGGUCCAAAGGGUCAGAAAGGACCUGAGGGAAAUCAAGGAGAACCUGGUAGAAUAGGAAAUUUGGGACCUAGAGGUAACUCAGGAGCUUAUGGCCGGAUCGGGGACCCUGGACUAAAAGGGGAAAAAGGAAUUAAAGGGGAGAAAGGAGCACGGGGCCUUUAUGGUGAAAGGGGUGAUCGUGGGGAUCCAGGCUUCAAGGGAUUACCAGGGGCAGAUGGUUUUAAAGGGGUGGCAGGCCCACCAGGAAUCAGGGGGCCAACUGGGCAAAAAGCAGAUAAGGGACAAGAAGGAGAGACUGGACCUGAAGGAAUCGCAGGAUUCAGAGGAGUGAAGGGUGAUGAGGGCUUCAGAGGAAAGGAUGGACCCCGCGGCAGACAAGGGAAAAAGGGACUUGUUGGUGACCCAGGUGAACCUGGAAUUGUUGGCUUAAAAGGCAUGCCAGGUGUGCCUGGUCAACAGGGGAGAAGGGGAUCACAAGGUCCACAGGGAAUAGUUGGAGACCCUGGUUUACCUGGAAGAGAUGCUGAUGAUGGAAUUGAAGCAUAUCAAGGGCGUCAAGGACGUGGAGGCAAAACUGGAGUUUUGGGAGAAAAGGGGGAGAAAGGAAUGAUUGGAGAGCGAGGGCCUGAGGGUCAGCGAGGAAGACCUGGACCUCCAGGUCCUAAAGGUGAAGCUGGACAACCUGGCAGGCCUGGAUUUAUUGGGCCACCUGGUGAGGCUGGUCAUGUUGGUCUCCCUGGUGCCCCAGGACCAAAGGGCAGUACUGGAGUCCAAGGAAUUAAGGGCAAGGAAGGAGAGAAGGGCGAGAAAGGAUCAAAGGGGCCAAAAGGAAAUGCUGGUGACAUAGGCCCACGAGGCCCUGAAGGACUUCAGGGUAAAAGAGGGCCACCAGGAGAAGUUGGAGCUCGUGGGAGACAAGGUGAACAAGGAGAGUCUGGUGAUCCUGGCAUUCCUGGAGAGAUUGGACCUUUGGGUUCCAAAGGGCCGUCUUUUCCAGCUUCUCGUGUAAUAGAAGUUUGCAGAAAGAUUGUUCUUGAACAAAUGUCUUCAUAUGCACAAGCUGUAAGGCGACAAUGUUCCAGUGCUUGCCCGUUGUAUGGUGAAGUACCCAUGGGAGCACCAGGGCCAGUAGGAUUGCCUGGACCUCCAGGGAAACAAGGUAAACCUGGACUGAAUGGGCUGGAAGGUGAAACUGGACCAGAGGGAUUUUAUGGUGAAGCAGGAGAUCCAGGAAAACAAGGAGAAAAAGGUGAACCUGGAAAUAAAGGAGACAAAGGACCAAGGGGAUAUGGCCUAGUUGGAUUUGAGGGGGAUCAAGGACCUAGAGGUGACAGAGGCAAGCCUGGACUAGCAUUUGACGGACAGCCUGGUUUAAUGGGCCCUAGAGGCCACAGGGGCCAACUUGGGCUAAGAGGUAAUGCAGGUCUCCGUGGGCCACCAGGUCUGUGUAGCACAGCAGGAUGUCAAUCAAGCGAGGGACAACAGAGACCAUAAAGCACUGAACUGAUAUUGUUCUUCAAUUAAAUACAGUGUUUUUAUAUGAACAAGUAAUCAGUUCACUCCAUUAUCUCACCUGGUACAUGGAUAACAUCCAGUGUUGUCCUUCUGCUUAGAGUAUACCCUUAAACAGGACCAGAAGUAGCUCAGUCUAGUUUUCUCUGUGUCAUGUGUGUUGUCUGUGUGUGUGUAUAGGAGAACUAUGUGUGGUUACGUGUGUAUGGCUUAGUGUGACUUCUUACUUUAGAGACCAUGCUGAUGUUAGGUGAUUAGUUAUUGCUUAUUUUCCUCUGGACAUCACUGCUGGAAACUGUUUGAUGUUUACUUCUUAGAAAUUGAUUUCAAUAUAAACAAUGCCAUUACAACUCAACCAUUUCACUAUUUCAGUUAAUACAUGUUUUUUUGUCAUUAUGUUAGUCACUGUAUUUAUAUUCACCCUCUAUAAAAUACCUCAGAUAGUUUCUGAUCCGAGAUAGAGCUAUUACAAGAAUUCAAGAUACUACAAUAAACAAACAAAUCAGAACUUUUGUAGAGAUCAUUUGACUUUUUACACAUAUAUUGACACUGCAAAAGACACCACCAGCUCCCCAUUUACUUUUUAGAAGUCUCCAAAACAAUCACUGUGAUGUUUUCCUAAAAAUGUGUUUCCCUUAAAUCUGCUAAAGUGAGCAAAUUAAUAUGUCAUGUCUGAUCAUUUGUAGUUUUUGAUUCUGGCGAUGCUAAAUAAAAGAUCCCAUAUUAUUUAUUGAAAGAGAAACCAAAUGAGCAUGCUUUCAGAAUCAUGGUUAGCUGUUUCCAGUAACCAAUACCAGCCUCCCUAAUACAAUGUCAUGGGAUUAUGUUGUUUUUAAAGAAAUACAAUUUAAAUGUAUUUUUUGAUGUCAAAUAAAGCAAUAAAAACAA